CGUGUUUAACUGCAGAGAACAAACAAAGUCAUUCUCACAUCACCGAGAGGCCGAAUGGACCAAACAUCUCUUCUGUGGCUCUUUGUGAGCUCUCUGCUGUUCUGCACAACAAACCAAGCCUCUCUGACUGUGAGUCCCAGCAGAUCUCAGAUGUUUAAAGGUCAGUUUGUCUCUCUGAGCUGUGAGGAGGACGACAGCUCUGCUGGAUGGAAGCUGAGGAGGAACACAACCAGAGACACCAGGAAGGAGUGUGGAGACGGCUGGGGAGAAUUAACUGGUUCCUCCUGUGAAAUCAGUGUAACAUAUCCUUCAGACAGUGGAGUUUACUGGUGUGAGUCCAGAGAGGGAGCAACCAGUAACAGCAUCAACAUCACUGUCACUGGUGGAUCAGUGAUCCUGCAGAGUCCUGUCCUCCCUGUGAUGGAGGGAGAUGAUGUCACUCUGCACUGUAAAACAAAGACCUCCAACCUCCCAGCUGAUUUCUAUAAAGAUGGCUCCCUCAUCAGGACUGAGCCUGCAGGUCACAUGACCAUCCACCAUGUUUCCAAGUCUGAUGAAGGCCUCUACAAGUGUCACAGCAGCAGUCAUGGAGAGUCUCCAUCCAGCUGGAUCUCUGUCACAGAGAAACCCACCACAUCUCUACCUCCACCCCUCUCUACUUCUAAUCCCACUUCCACCUGUCCUCCUUCAACAUCCACAUCUCCUCAUCUCUCUGUGCUGUGGUUUGUUCCACCUGUCUGUGGUCUGGUUCUACUGGUUCUACUGGUUCUACUCGUGAGAGGAUGUGUUCAGAGGAAACAUGAAGCUGCUGAAUUACAAGUUGGAGAAGAUGACAUCAAAAAGUCAAACAGACUUGGAGAACUCUCUCCGUGCGGCAGCCAAUCAGAGGCUCCGUUUGUGUCACCUUCUAGAACUCUCUACGUGCGACAGCCAAUAGGAGAGCCGGAUCCGCCUCACCUGUCUACCGUCAGUGCUCCUCUUACCGUGUGA